AUGUUAUUAUCUCAUUUCAUCACGUCGACUAGUCGGUCUUAUUGCCGCUCUCUCAUGGGACAAUAUUCCGACGUCCGUCAGCCCUGGACAAGCUGGGCGCUGUACUGUUCCAACAUGGGGAAGCAGUUUAUUCGCUGGUACUACCACCACAUUAUCCCAACUCCAGCUGUCACGCCGAGACUUAUUGGACAACGAUUGUGGACCGUAACCCGCGCCGAUGACUAA